AUGGCUUCUCGUUUGGGAUCCCUACAUGCCUCAUUGGCGCCCAACCAGGCUGAAGUGUCUGCAGUUCUGAAGCAGUCAUUUCCUGACACCUCUUUGCCCGUAGACGAGCAGCUGAAGCAAGCGGUUAACGUGAUCAAACAUCACUUACACAUUAUCUUCGACCAGAAAGUUGAGAAUGAUACGCUUAGAAAGGUGAAAUUUGCUUAA